AUGCUUAAUGAGAUCCAUCUAGAGACUCAUAUCAAGAAAAAUGGGGAGUUUGUCGAUAAACGCUCAAAGAAAACUCAAGAGGAGUAUGAUCGAAGACUUGCACUUUCUUUAUCUGAGCAUCCUGAGUUACCUCCACCACCACAGGGAUACCCUGUUGAUCCUUGUUUAGGUUUUCAGACUUGGUAUGAUGCUGCUCGCAGGAAAAGGAAAAAUGGAAGGGUGUAUGGUGCUGGAGGGUAUGCCAAAACAAUUAAGCGACGUGAUAGGACUUUCAGGAUGAGACUUGAUGAUGGAGAAGGAUCAUCGCGUCCACCUAUAUUAACCGCCGAUAUGCUUGAAACUGUGAGAAAUUUGACCCAGACCGAGGCAGCACGUGAGGCAGCAGCUAGACAAGCAGAGAUGGAGGAAAUGAGGAGAAGACAAGCUCAAAUGGAGGAAGAAUUGAAGAGAAAAACAGCGGAGUAUGAGGAAGCAAUGCAGACUGCAAAUGAGCGCGCAUUGAAAUUUGAACAAUUUAUGGCAAUGCAUAUGAAUCAAGGUGUAGGAGGAAGAAAUGAGGAAGAUGAGGAGGAUGAUGAAGAAGUUGACUAA